AUGCAAACGCCAUCUAUGAUGGCUAAUAACGUUCACAUGAGUGGGCUGCUGAGCCGCCACGAUGAUGAGGCCACCAGGACCUCCACCUCAGAGGGCCUGGAAGAGGGCGAGGUGGAAGGGGAGACCCUCCUGAUUGUUGAGUCUGAGGACCAGGCUUCAGUGGAUUUAUCGCACGACCAGAGCGGGGACUCUCUGAACAGCGACGAAGGUGACCCGUCCUGGAUGGAGGAGAUGUCCUAUUACUGUGAGAAGUGCCAGAAGUGGAUUCCAGCAAGUCAACUGAGAGAACAGCUCAGCUACCUCAAAGGAGAUAACUUCUUCAGAUUUACUUGCUCUGAUUGCUCAGAAGAUGGGAAGGAGCAAUUUGAACGGCUGAGAUUAACAUGGCAACAAGUUGUCAUGCUGGCAAUGUACAAUUUGUCUCUGGAAGGAACAGGCCGUCAGGGGUACUUCAGGUGGAAGGAAGAUAUUUGUGCUUUUAUAGAGAAACACUGGAAUUUCUUAUUAGGGAACAGGAAAAAGACCUCAACAUGGUGGAGCACAGUUGCUGGCUGUCUCUCUGUGGGGAGCCCCUUGUUUUUCCGCUCAGGGGCACAGGAGUUCGGGGAGCCAGGAUGGUGGAAACUAGUCCAUAAUAAACCCCCAACAAUGAAACCUGAAGGAGAGAAGCUGUCUGCAUCUGCACUAAAGGCAAAAGCAGCUUCAAAGCCGCCUCUGGAUCCCAUAAUUACUGUGGAAGGACUCAGGAAGCGGGUAAGCCGCAAUCCAGUCGAAUCAGCCAUGGAGCUGAAGGAGAAGAGAUCUCGCACUCAGGAAGCCAAGGAUAUUCGGAGAGCCCAGAAGGAGGCAGCUGGCUUCCUGGACCGGAGUACUUCUUCCACUCCUGUUAAAUUCACCAGUCGAGGCCGUCGUCCCGAUAUCGUCCUUGAGAAAGGAGAGGUGAUUGACUUCUCCUCCCUGAGCUCUUCAGAUCGCACUCCUCUGACGAGCCCUUCUCCUUCCCCAUCUCUGGACUUCUCUGCUCCUGGCACUCCAGCCUCUCAUUCAGCUACUCCCAGCCUUCUCUCUGAAGCAGAUCUCAUCCCAGAUGUCAUGCCACCACAGGCUCUGUUUCAUGAUGAUGAGGAGAUGGAAGGGGAUGGAGUCAUAGAUCCAGGAAUAGAGUAUGUGCCCCCUCCCAGUGGGACAGCUGGUGCUUGCACUGUGAUAGCAAGUAGAAAAAAAGUGAAGACAGCUGAGCAGAUCAAGCAAGAGGUGGAGAGUGAAGAAGAAAAAACAGAAAGGAUGGAAGGUGACAGUGAGGAUCCUGAAGAGUCAAAUGCAUUGCUGCAGGUGAGGGGGCGAGACAAGAGGAAGCCACAGCAGGAGAAGGAUGCCAAACCCAGAGCUCCCAAGCAUACCUCUGUUAGUAUCUAUGAGGAAAAGCUGCUGCUGAAGAGACUGGAAGCCUGUCCCAAUGCCAUGAGCAUGACCCCAGAGGCCCGGAGACUGAGGCGUAAGCUGAUAGUCAGGCAGGCCAAGAGGGAAAGAGGACUGCCGCUCUUUGACUUGGACCAGGUUGUGAACGCUGCACUGCUCUUGGUUGAUGGGAUUUAUGGAGCCAAAGAAGGAGGCAUUUCCAGGUCCCCAGUAGGGCAAGCAACAUACAGAACUACUAGCCAGGACUAUAGGAUCUUGGAUAGAUACCAGACAAUGCUGCCAACCAUGAAGGGAUAUCGACAGCAGACAACCAAGUUUCUGUAUCGACUGGUAGGAUCAGAAGACCUGCUGACAGACCACAGCAUUGUCAGUCCCUACACAUCCCGUGUCCUGAAACCUUACAUCAGGCGUGAUUAUGAGACAAAGCCCCCAAAACUCAGGCUGCUGGCAGAAAUCCGGGCGUAUCCACACAGGAAUGAUGUCAGCUGGAAGGCUGAGCCAGAAGCACCCAUUGAUUACUGCUACGUUCGCCCUAACCACAUCCCCACUAUAAAUUCCAUGUGCCACGAAUUCUUCUGGCCUGGAAUUGAUUUGUCAGAAUGCCUGCAGUAUCCAGAUUUCAGCGUUGUUGUCCUUUACAAGAAAGUUAUUAUUGCCUUUGGUUUUAUGGUGCCAGAUGUGAAAUACAAUGAAGCUUACAUCUCUUUUCUGUUAGUUCACCCUGAAUGGAGAAGAGCUGGGAUUGCAACCUUCAUGAUUUACCAUCUUAUCCAGAUUUCCCACUGUCAGCAGCCUGUGAGAACAGUUAUGGUGGGAAAUCACUUUGAAGGCAUAAAGAACAACUACAAUGGACAGGUCCUCAUAAUUGGUGAGACCUGCAUGGGCAAAGACGUAACCCUUCACGUCUCUGCAAGCAACCCUGCUAUGCUGCUCUACCAAAAGUUUGGAUUUAAGACUGAAGAAUACAUUUUGGAUUUUUAUGACAAAUAUUAUCCCUUGGACAGCAAGGAAUGCAAGCACGCCUUCUUUCUCAGGCUGCGGCGCUGACCCAUCGCAGCUGUCUGAGGGUCUGUGAACAGCCCAGUCUGUCAAGGAACAACCUACCACAGCUUCAGCAGAGGACAUGGGCUGGCAGGUGAGAGCUGGAACACACCUAUGCCUUUAUCUCUCUUUAUCAUCUUUGAGUGUCAACAGUGCUAUGUUGUGUGGUGAAACUGCAAUUGAAGAGGAUUGAUUCCUAUAUUCCAAGGGGAAAGGCCUGGAGAUGCCAACUGGGACAUGCUGAAACCACUGGAAAAGUGAAAUUCUCUGUGGGGAAUUUUCCUGCCACUGUUACUUUGUAGAGCCUCAUUGACAAACAAAAAAAACUGGGAACAAAAAAAUACUUGUCACUUCAAAGGGGCCCCAUGGAUUUAAAAUUUUGAAACCUGUCCAAAAAUGACAGGGUUUUUUUUCUGUUUUUUUGUUCAUGGGAAAUUAACAUUUAAACUUAAGUCAUCCACAGUGUUUCUGUGAUUUGAUUGCUUUGUUGGGAACCACAUCUUCAAUCUGUGAAGGGAAAUAAGAUGCAUCUAGCUGGAUGCUAACGUUAGGAAACUCUACACGUGCCAGAGCAGCAAUACUGGAACCAUGUUGUAGGAAUAAUGAACAGCAUGUGAACUCAUGUGAUCCCAAAUGCAAGGCUCAAAGGACAUGUCUGUCUUCUGCUCCUUCCCUGCUUCCUUCCAUUCUCUCGUUGACCCUGUGCUCAAUGCGAAGUUCUUGUAGUGUGCAGUGUUUUGUGUUCAGGAACAAGAUGUCAAGCAGGUUUGUAGCUAGGCAAGGUAGGACACAACGCCUGCCAAAUCAGCUCUUUGAAAUCUUACAACCUAUCUGCCAGUUGGUGAUGCUGCAGAUCAGCCCUCUGGGCACACCGCUAAACCGCAGAGCCAGCCUUGCAGGCUCCAGCAUCCCCCUCCUCCUGCUACAGACACUGGCUAGAAGAAACCCAGAACAAAAGUCAGUGGUGACAUUUGAAACUCAGGCUCAGGUUUGUAGAAGCAAUCUGUUCACAGCUUGGAGGAAAGGGUGAUUUAAUGGCUCUAAGUGUAAGUAAAAAGCAAAAAAUAAAUUGAAAUAACCAAGAAUUAAAAAAAUGCAAAUCCCAAACAUGUUUCUCUGGUAGCUUCUCUCUCUUCCUGACUUCUAUUACAGAUGAACAGUAAACUGGCAGCUUGCUCUGCUGCCUGACCGAAGGUCACUCUGUGCAUUUAAAAUAUCCUCUGUACUGUUCUUUUCACAUCAAGCCUCACAGAGAGUUACCCAACAAAUGUGACUGCUUUGUUCUUAAUCCACUGCAUAUACCUGUUGGGUAUGUGGCUGUAGUAGUAGUUGCCUUAAUGCAGGCUUCAUUUUGGUAAAGCAGAGAGAUGGACACAAAGUAUGUUUUUUGUGUAGCCACUGUAUGUGGUCACCAAAACAAAACCAGUGUUAGUGGGAGGGAAGAACAACCCAUCCAAGCAUCAUGUGCCCUAACGUCCAUACACAUUUCUGCCUGCUCUGUGACUGUGUGAAAGUUUUCAGUGUUGCUGAUGUUAUGAAUUAGCUGUACUUGAGAAGAAAAAAAUACCUGUCUUCAUGAAUGGAAUUAAAGCCCUUCUCUUGGAAAAGCC